ACCGGUACACCGGUCGCCGGAGCGGGCGGCGGCUGCGCGUCGCCGUCCCGAGAUGGCGCCGCGCUCGUCGGUGCCGUUGCCGGUCCGUCGCGUCGCUCCAGUCGCGGUGCGUCGUCCCGUGCUCCGAGCGGCGUGCCGAGCGGUCGAUGCCAACUGCUGGAGACGCUGACCAGGGAGUUCGUGUCAGCACACCGGUAUGGCGGGUGGCCGACAGAAGCAGAGCUGGACCGGCCGGCGCCGAUCCCCUCCCGACUGCCGACCCCCACCUCCUCCCACCCGGGUCGAGUUCGAGCUGAGCGACGCCCUGCCGACGGCCGUCUUCGACGGACCGUCGGGCGCCCUCAACGGUCCGCCCGCCGUCCAGGUGCCCAUCCUUGACAAAACCAGCACUACGCGGCUAAGCGAUUCGCACCUUUACAACUGUGUGAAGGAUCGUAAGCACGUCAAGACGACGUGUCAGGGUCGGAUCUACAACUUCCUCGAGAGGCCGACCGGCUGGAAGUGCUUCAUAUACCAUUUCUCUGUUUUCAUGGCUGUUGUCAUAUGUCUCAUCUUCAGUGUCUUGUCCACAAUCGAUCAAUAUCAAGAGUUUGCUGAUGGUACCCUGUUUUGGAUGGAGCUAGUGUUGGUGACGUUUUUUGGUGUGGAAUAUUUCGUUCGACUGUGGUCGGCGGGCUGCCGAAGUAAAUACCGGGGCUUUCUCGGUCGAAUUCGGUUCGCAAGAAAACCCAUCUCCAUUAUCGAUCUGAUAGUGGUGGUGGCGUCGAUCGUGGUGCUCUCGGUGGGCUCCAACGGUCAGGUGUUCGCCACCUCCGCCAUCCGCGGUAUCCGCUUCCUGCAGAUCCUGCGCAUGCUGCACGUGGACCGGCAGGGCGGCACGUGGCGACUUCUCGGCUCCGUCGUGUUCAUACACAGACAGGAGCUCAUCACCACUCUGUACAUUGGCUUUUUGGGUCUCAUCUUCUCAUCGUACUUUAUGUUUCUGGCGGAGAAGGAUGCCGUGGACAAGGACGGAAAAAUGUCUGACUUCAACAGCUACGCAGACGCCCUCUGGUGGGGAGUGAUAACAGUGACAACAAUAGGGUACGGCGACACAGUGCCUAAGACGUGGCUGGGCAAAAUGGUGGCAUCCUGCUUCUCAGUGUUUGCCAUCAGCUUCUUCGCACUACCAGCGGGUAUCCUGGGCUCGGGGUUCGCGCUCAAGGUGCAGCAGAAGCAGCGGCAGAAGCACUUCAACCGGCAGAUCCCGGCGGCGGCUCAGCUGAUCCAGUGUCUGUGGCGCUGCUACGCGGCCGACCGCGAGUUCUUCGCCACCUGGAGGAUCCACCUAAAGGAGAGCCCCGCUGUGGCAGUGUCCACACUCGGCAAGGUCAACGCCCUGGUGGCGAAAAAGGCCAGUGUUCUGAAGCGACGCAAGUCGCGGACCCAGAUCGAGAAGGGCUGUCUGGAGGUGGGUCGAAGAGACAGCGACAACGACGUAGUCUUCUACGACGAAGAGGCCCGACAAACUGGUGCGGCGGGGUCGGGCACUCCCAACAAGUGCCGCCGCGAGGGCCGGAGCCCGGCACUCCAAAGCCAGACGAGCUCCAACACAGAGGUGGCCUCGGACGAGGUGGACAUCGACAUAGAGGAGCCGCAGGGCCUCACCAGUCUGACGGAAGCGCACAAAAACGCCAUCCGAGCAAUACGAAAGAUCAAAUAUUUCGUGGCGCGCCGGAAGUUCCAGCAGGCGCGGAAGCCGUACGACGUUCGUGACGUCAUAGAACAGUACAGCCAGGGCCAUCUCAACAUGAUGGUUCGCAUCAAGGAGCUGCAGCGCCGGCUGGACCAGACGCUGGGGAAGCCGGGCAGCUACAUCUCCAGCCUGGACAGGAACGGCGGCCUGAAGCCGAUGACGAUAGGCGCCAGGAUCUACCGUGUCGAACAGCAGCUGCUGAUGAUGGACAAGAAGCUGGACCACCUGGUGUCAACACUAACAGCGGUGGCUCAGCGGCAGGCGGCUUCCUCUCCCAACAGUCGGCCGGCGGUGGAGGAGAGCGUCUGAUGUCCGCCAGAACAGCGCCACGUGACCUAGUGUGACCUGACCCACCUGACCUGAGCGCCCUGACCUCGGCGCGACGCCACCCGACGACCGCACAGCCCACCGGCGCCGGACAGUUUUCCGGCCUCGAUUGUUUCUGUUUGGGGUGUGUGAUGUGCGCGCGGGGUCUGUUUAUGGGUGUGCAAUGUGACCCGGCCGCGUUCCUGGGGGCGAUUUGUGACACCCGACGUCGAUGUCGUCCGCUCGGCUGGCUAGGGACCGAGCAUGGUACGUACAGCUUUAGUGUGAGUGAGUCCAGUGACCGGCCCCCGAGGCCCGGCGCUGGCGGUGCGAGAGUGAACGCGACGUUACCGAGCUGUGCAUGGUAAUGGUGCCACGGCCAGGGGAAUUUACUAAGCCCAGCUCCUGUAAGUAUAUGCAUAUUGCAUAUCUGGCUUUGCAGACACACGCAUAUGAUCUACAACUUUGUUCACAUGCUUAGGUAUAUGAGUUUACCUAUCAAUUAUUGCAUUUAAUACUAAAAGGUUAAGGCGUAAAAGCACAUAUUCCGAUCUCCAAUGCCUGUAAAAGCUUCCUAAGUUCCUGCAAAGAACAGACAAUUUGUCCCUUAUUAGCAUUUACACUAAUAUUUAAAAAAUGAUAGCGUCGAUUGAUAGCAGAUUUCAAAAUGAAAUGAAUGCACAAAGGAAGCUUUAUUGUUGCAAAAUCUUAGCUAUAGCUCAGCAUUUGCGAAAUAUUGGGCAUAGUUUUUUAACUUAGAAUAAAGACAACGUAUCUUUUACUUCAAUAUCCGAGUUUAUCUUCAUCUCAAUGAUUGAGCAGUACCGAUGGUUGUUGCCAACACACCAGACUUGAUCCAUUUUCAUUUAAAAAAACGCAUGUUUCUUAACUCACCUGAAAUCUGAAGCACUUACUUCCCAUAAGUUCCAUUUUCAUGCAAAUAGUUUGGGUGUGAAAUCUCCUUCCCAGCUCCACCUAGCGUACUUUGACUGAAAAGGGUUUAGCAGAACUUAACCUACUUAAGAGCGAAUGGAGCAAUACAUUUCCUACACGCAUCCAGGGUGAUCAUUUAAAUGCGUCAGUAAUUGUCAGCAUGUUUGCAUAGUUUUCAUUAGUCUUUUGGUAGAUCAAUAAUAGGAAAACUUAUUAGCCGAAGCUAAACCUUCGCUGAGUAGGUAUAGUAUCGAUGAUGAUACCGGCUCCGUUUUGAGUGACACCAACCCGAUGUUCAUACUAAGUGGCUUCACUCGCCCUGUAGGGCCCGUUCCUAGCCCUACAAUCCCGGCGGGCGGUGACGGCACUUGCCGUGAAACGAGGUGACAUUCUAUGUGCCCUCACCAGUCAGGUGAAACGUUCGGUGUGACGGUCCCACCUAAAGCGCUAUGUGUCGGUCCCACCUAGAGCGCGGAGUGACGGUUUCACCUAUAGCGCUGCGUGACGGUCCCACCUAGAGCGCUAUAUGACGGUCUCACCCAGGGUGCUAUGUGACGGUGUCACUAGGAUACACUGCGCCGCCCCCACCAAGCGUAGCGAGCGGUGUUCGAGAGAAGCACACUCGGACUGUAGGCAAACGGGCGUAGGUGGCGGAGGGGUCACUGCAGUGCUGAGAGUAUGUCGGGCGCGAGUGAUACGGCUCUGUCUCAGCCAUCAGCGGUCUCGAGUCGAAGUACAAACCGGGCUAGGUGCGUUCUGAGCGUCUGUGAAAGAGAUAGUCGCCGCGAGUGGUCAGUCAACUCCGGGCUAUACUUAAAAGUGUACUACGAUAUUGCACGAUGAUAUUCUAGAUACCUAGUCCCGUGGCUGCUGUUUGUGAUACCUUGUUUAUGUGUUUUUGCACCCAAGCCUUAACCCACGUUGUUUCCUGUGUGUAAGUGAAUGUUUCGCCGUGCGUGAGAUAUUUUAAGAGUGACGUAUUGAAUGCGAUUUUUCAUAAUCGAUAGACGAAGAUCGGUGGAAGAAGAUUUACUUCAGGAUUACAAAUGUUUUAGUGCUGAUUAGAAACAUGUGGAUACGCUCGGGCAGGUGUUGUGCAGUGACUGUUUCCCGACUGGCUCCGAGGUGAUACACGGCAUUCUGUUCUGUUGUGAACAUAGUUGUAUAGACAGUUCUGCAAACUGUUGCUUCUCACUCGGCUAGCAAUCUGAAAGUUUUAAGUCCCUUCGUCAAAAAGUCAUCCUGUUCCGUACUGGAGGUGCUUUGAUACUCGUCUUUUAUUUAGACUCAUCUGUUAGUUGUGUGGCUUUUUCUUUGGCAAACCGAUAACGAAUUAUGUAUUUUUAAGGUUGAGAUUGUUUGAAACAAGUGGGAACUCCGAUAUUUCCUAAUUUGUUGUUUCGAGUUCCUGAGCUUGAAGGCUUCUCAAACCACCUCCACUUCUGAGUGCCAGCCGCCCCGCUGUACAGCCGUCCCCUCUCACAAUUGAUGAGCUGGCUAGGAGUGCUGUGGGUGUCGGCAGAGCGAGCUUACCAUGGCCACAACGAGCGGUCGGCCCUCCUACCUUGCCUCUCCUCCGGGCACUGCUCCUCCGGCGCGGCGGCCGGCGCACCCACUACCCGACCCCGCCGGGACACAGCGCGCGGGCGGCGGACAACCAGCAAUACGGUUAGCGUUAGUGCCCUUCACUGCAGCCUUUCGCCGUAUUUUUGCAUCCUCGUUGUCUGUUGAGGGUGUCGGGUGUUGGCGGAUGGUGUGCGCGGCUGUUUGUUACCGCCCCGCUGACUGGCGAGUGUGGUGACCGAGUCUGUGAUGCCGCCGGGCUCCGUGGGCUCGGCAGUGCACCGGGCGCCCCUCCCCCUCCUCCCGUCCCCCGGGCCGUGACCGGUCCCGCUCACACGGCCCCUUCUCCCCUUCCUCCCUCCCUCCCUCCUACCGACCGGCUUCAGGACAUGAACGCCUUCUGAAUACAUCUCUCUUCCACAAAUA